CCUCCCCAAAAGUCUGGGAAUGAUUUAAUUCGCGGGCAUUAACGUGGACAAUUGUCUGUGGGAGAGCUGCGACUUGUGUGCUCCUAUGCAAAUGAGGGGACAAUUAUGCUGAUCAGCGCUAAUUGGGGGAGCCAUAAUGACCCACAGAGUGACUAACCCAGUUCCGUUUUCGUCUUUUUCAUUCGCAGGCUGCCCAGCAGGUUCUCCCUGCCAGCGCUGCAACAAGGCGGGCUGCAUCAAGUGCCCGUACCUGGUGACGGACACGAGGCAGUGCGUCGACACGUGCCCCGCCGGCUACUUGGUUCAGUGGUCCGCCCACACGGAGUUCAUGGGCAAAGUGUGUGUCCCCACCGGCUACUCGGGUCCACUGAUGGCUGCUCUGGCGGGUCUUCUCGGUGGCUUCCUGGUCUGCCUAUCCCUGCUGGCGGUGGCCGUGAUGCUGGUCAAGAGGAAGCGCCGGCGGAAGUCCAUCAAACAGAAGCUCAUCAACGAGAACACCAUGGAUCGGGCGGACUUCAUGAGGCAGCUGAACGAGAUGCGUCCGAAUGCGGAGUACUUCCUGGCCAUGUUGAACGACACGAGGCGGCAGAUCAGGAAGCUCUAUUUGUCGGGUGAGGUGGCGGCCGCCAACUCGUACAGGCCCAUCGUUCGGGAUCUGGCCAAGCUGCUCAUCCUGCUGAACAGGCCCAUCGAGCUGAUUCCCGCCCCGCCUCCGGAUUGGUCCAGGAUGUAUGCCUGGUCGGAGCAGGCCCUGGAGCGCUACAAGCCACAGGUGGGCCAGCUCAUCGACUUCUUCCAGGCCUCGCACGGGCACCAUGCCGGUCACCACGAGGUGCUCUACGCUGCUCCGGCCAAGAAGAAGCAACUGCAGCAGCCCAGCAUCUUCCGGCAACAGGUGACGCCCACGGCGACGCCCCAGGGAGUGGGCGAACUGAUGGCCGGCGAUCGGAAUAGCAGUGCCUCGGCGCAGCAAAAGCUGCAUCUCUUUGGCUCGCUGAUCAGCCUGCACGAGUUCGAGGAGCCACGGGCUUCGGAUCCCUUCGGCAGCAGCUUCAACACUCUGAAGAGCGGCAAUCUCAUCUCUGAUCUCAACGCCAGCUCGCUGUGGCUGGAGGACGAGUUCUACAAGCUGGGCUUUCGACCGCAGGACGAGAUCACCACGGAGCUGUAACGGCAUCACAAAACAAGAAUCAAAACUCAGACUCACAACUUAAUGUAAAAGAAGUAUUAUCCCGGCUGGCGGCGCUAGGCGUUCGAAUUUAGUGCCAGUUCAGCUGGGGGAAAGGAGCAUUUGCGUGCACAUUCCGCCAGGCCAUCAUCAUCAAUAUCAUCGUCUUUAACUCCAUCGACAAGCCAACUGGGAGGCCAUUUAGCCGGAGCCGCUAAAUGCCCACCUUUAUAGCUUAGUUAGAUCUGUUAAGCAA